UCCUCUUCUGCUGAUCGCAUAGGCAUCAGGACAUCCUUCAAAUGUCUUGAACGCUGAGCCCCGCUGCCACGACGAUGCAUGCGACGCAAAUGGAUGGCUUUCGGGAGGUGGACUGGACGACCGCCGACGCCGCCCCUCACUUCCCAGCGCCAGGAAAGCCUGUCAGGACCGCGACCGAGCUGUCCUUCGACCUUGAUGAAUGGGUGAACAGAAACGCAUACGAGCCAACACCUGUGCCUGAAGCAUCUGAGGAUAGCGAUCCGUCUACACCAGAUCUCGCCCCAGCAUCGGAUCCCAGUCCAGGUCCGUCGCCAACCGACUCAUGGGACUUCGUGCCCACACCCACACCCACACCAUUCGCAGGCCCGACACCAGAUGUCGCAACGAACACCCAACAUGGCGACUAUUUCCCUUCGGCGGCAACUGCAGACGAAGCACUGGGGCGCACAACCUCGAAGAAACGACCCAGCCGUACACAGACCGGCCUGUCAGCCUUGAUGCCAGCGAGGAAAAAGAGUUCUCGACAGAAGAAGAUCGAGGGCGGCUUUCCAUGCCGCGAGAACUGUGGACAAUGCUUCAAUCGCGAAUGCGACGAGCGGAAACACCACGAGCGCCGCCACCUCCCAGAAUCUCACUGGCCACAUGAAUGCACUCACUGCCCCAAGAAAUCGCAAUACCCCAAGGACGUAUGGCGACAUCUCGAGCAGACGCAUGCUAUGGUGGUACCUCCAAAAGUGCCCAAAUCCUUGCGCCAGCAGCUUGGAUGUCCUUGCUGUUCGCAAUCGGCUUCUGACUGGCUUGCGAAGCACAACGACUUGAAUCAACAACCCUUGCACAUUCAGACCGUUCAGUCGCCUGUCACAGAAUCUACGCCAAGCUCUCCCACAAGUCCGAACAUUCUCUGGACAUUGACGAGCGCAAUCACGAAGUUGCGAAGACUGUCUUUGAAGUCCAGGAGAGACAAAUUCAUUAUGGUUACGACCGACAAGCAGAAGUUCACUGAAGUCGAUGUCAGUGGCCUGCACACCACAGAGGCUCUGCUUGGUCGUAUAGCCUCCACUUUGGCCUUCGAUAAACAGCGCGUCCAGGAGAUCUCGGUUCACAAAUACACUCGACGCUCAGUUGGUGACCUCCUCACUGGGGAAAAUCUGCUUGCAUUCAUCACGCAGUAUGCCGAUGCCGAAGGCUCACUGAAGUUGUUCGUAAAGCCAUAGAGCAACUACAAUGAAGGGACAGCCUCGGAUGUCCCUAAUCUCACAUAUAUUAUCUGGUGUCACCGGUCCACCCGAACGUGACAAUGUCUCAGUAUCUCAAGCGACUUGGUUUGCGACUUUUCCUGGAGUUUUUUGGGGGCACAACGGUCUCGCGGAUGACACGCUAAGAUGCGACUCACGUAUCUUCACGCGACGAAUUCGACGACUUUAUCAUGAAUUGACGACAGUCUCUACCUAGACAGAAGGCCUACACAUGGCUUGGCGGCCAGAUUCUUCAUUGCGUUGCGCUUUCUAUGCUUCUGAAGCGGCCAUAUAUUCGUUCUAUACCCGCUUGAUGUUUUCCGAGCACUUGCUGUAGCGUUGAUCAGGCACUAUCUAGUAAACAAACCCUUUACCACACUUC